AUGCCCUCAACAAGAUCGAAGCGAGUCGCACAGCCAACCGAAAGGGGGUUUGAGUAUGCCAAAGCUUUGCUAGAAAGAACGCAGCAGAGGGCGCAGGGAGCCUUUCACAAGUCUAGCGUGAAAGAGUGGGUGAAACAGCAGUCCCUGGUAAGCGAGCAUGACGGAAUAGUUCAUGAUGAUGUUUCUUCUUCCUCAAAAUCGUCACGGAGUAGGGUUAGCUCAAUAGCAAGUGCCAGGGCAAAAGAGGAACAAAGGGUGCUGGAACAUACAGCAAGAUCAGCUGCCCUGAAAGAACGUGAGGUCAUAGAAGAGGCAAAGCUAAAGCUUGCCAUGGAAAAGGCAAAGAUCAAAAUGAGGGAAGAAGAGUUGGAAUUGUCUACACAAAUAGCAAUUGCCAGUGGAAGAAAAUUGAUACUAGAUCGUCUUGAGGAUGGGGGUAGUUAUGAACCCCUUAGAAUGGGUGAGAAGCCUACCCACAGCGUUGUACAGCCUGAACAUCUGCCUAUCAGGCAUGCCCCUGUGAAUGCCAGAGCACAAGAACUAGAUCCUAACUUGCUUAUGAGUCAACACCAAGUCACACGGACUACUUCCGAAGAGGGAAAAGAAUCAAAGCGUUUGAACCCAGCCGCCGAUGAGUUCGCUCCUAGUCAGGAAACUAAACAGAAACCUAUUCCAGUUCCGCUAUGGGUCCCAGAUAGCAAUCUUUACUCGCCUGGUUCACUGGUGCAUGCAGAAAAUGACGUUAUCUCUACAAUGAUAAAGGAACUCAAGAAACCUCAAUCAGACAUUAAAACGUUCUGUGGUGACCCUCUCGAGUAUCGUAGAUUUAUUAGACAGUUUGAAUCGAGAAUAGUCACCAAUACUACUAGCGAUGAGGGACGCAUUAAUUACCUUGAGCAGUAUACAGGUGGGGAAGCCCAUAGAAUAGUCCUUGGUUACAGCUGCCUGGAAGCAAGUACAGGUUACCCCGCUGCACUGGAGGAGCUGAAGGAAAGAUAUGGAGACAACAACAACAUUGCCCAGGCCUACAUCAGAAAGGCUUUAGACUGGCCUAGCAUUGAAGCCGAUAAUACCAAAGCCCUAGAUGAUUACAGCAUUUUCCUGAAAGAAUGUGAAAACGCAGUCAGAAGUAUCGAGUCAAUUAAAGUUUUAGAAUACCCAGACAAUUCGAUAAAGCUCGUGAAGAAACUUCCUUAUCAUAUGCAUCAUAAAUGGAGAAACAUUGCAUAUGAAGCCAGAGAAAGGAAGUCUGCAGUGAAGUUUAGUGACCUUACUGACUAUGUCCGGCGAGAAGCAAAGAAAUACAAUGACCCAGUAUACGGGCGAGAGGCCCUACAGAAAAAAGGAACUAGCAAAACAGGUGGACAGAAUACAAAGAUGCCCCCACAGAAGAACCCAAUUAGACCGAAGGGGUCCUUCGCAACAGUGAAGGAUCGGAAAGAGAAAGAAGUUAAAACUGUUGCAGCAACAAUACCUGAGAAGAAGCCAUGCCUCCACUGUAAUGGUCACACGCACAGUAUUGACCAGUGUGAAAUCUUCCAGAAGCUGAAAAUGGAUGAAAGAAUGGACGUCCUCAGAGCAAAAAGAGCUUGCUUUGGCUGUCUCAAGCCCAACCACAGAAGUAAAGACUGCAGGCAUCGACUCACAUGUGGCGUGUGCCAAAAGCGCCAUCCAACUGUACUGCAUCUUGAGAAGGAGCCUGAAAAAUUCACAUCGAAUGCGGGAACUAUAGCAUGCAGUGACGGUGAUGCGGAAGUGACAAUGGCAAUAGUACCUGUAAGAGUUAAGCUGAAGAACCAAAACAGAUCAAUUGAAACAUACGCUUUCUUAGACCCUGGUAGCACAGUUAACUUCUGCACAGAAAGCUUGAUGAGUCGAUUAGGGGCCGGAGGAAAACGGGCAAAGAUUACCCUGGACACAAUGGGGUCAGAGCACACGUACAAUACUUUCAUUUUGAAGAACUUUGAAAUAUGUGACCUCCAUGGCCACAAUACCAUCCAUCUUUUGAGAGCUUUCACCAAGGACAAAAUCCCUGUAUCAAGUCGACACAUUCCAAGAACGGAGGACAUCAGGAAAUGGCCACACUUGGAUGAAGUUAAUCUCCCGGAAAUAAAUGGUGGAAUAGGCUUGCUGAUUGGAAAUGGUGUUCCAGAUGCGUACACGCCAAUUAAGUCAGUAACAGGACCGCAAGGAAGCCCUCAUGCUGUCAAAACUCGUCUAGGAUGGAUUGCAUGGAAUGUAGUACGCGACGGUGAAGAAGCUGAUCAACCGAUGUGUCCUGUCCCAGUCAACACAGCUGUCACUGCUAUAGAAAAGAUAGACCAUAUGCAAGAGCUAGAUAUAUUAGUGAGAAGCUCUUUCAACCAUGACUUCCCAGAGCAAGGGAUAGAAGAAGAAGCACUCUCACAAGAAGAUAAGCGCUUCAUGAAGCUAGCAGAAGAUUCUAUCAAUUUUCAGAAUGGUCACUAUGAAAUGAGACUUCCCUUUCGUGAAGAGAACACCAAGCUACCCAACAAUAAGACUCAAGCACUUCAACGCCUCAAUAGCCUCAAGCAGAAAAUGAGAAAAAAUCAGAAGUUCUAUGAAGAUUACUCAGCCUUCAUGGACGUCCUACUGCAGAAAGGGUAUGCUAGCCAAAUACCGGAGAAAGACCACCACGAGGAAGGAAAGGUAUGGUACAUACCUCACCAUGGUGUAUACCAUCCCCAAAAGCCGAAUAAGAUUAGGGUAGUGUUUGAUUGUGCCGCAAAGUUUUGUGGAAUAUCACUCAACUCAACGCUGCUACAAGGACCUGAUUUAACUAACAAGUUAGUUGGUGUCCUUCUCCGUUUCAGACAGGAAGAGAUUGCUCUGAUGGGGGACAUAGAAAAAAUGUUCCACCAGGUACGUGUGGCCGAAGAAGAUAGGAAUUAUCUAAGGUUCCUAUGGUGGCCCAAAGGAGACAUCGAUGCCGAGGCCGUGGAAUACAGGAUGAACGUGCACCUCUUUGGAGCCACAUCAUCUCCAAGCUGUGCCAACUAUGCUCUAAGGAGAGUGGCACAAGACAAUGACCAAUACCCAACUUCAGUGACCAGCACGCUUCUGCGUAAUUUAUACGUAGACGACUGUCUGAAAUCUGUCAAAGAUGGAAAGGAAGCAGUAGCACUCGUGAAAGACCUUCAAGAUCUGGCUAAGAAAGGCGGCUUCCGACUAACAACGUGGUCUAGCAAUUGCAGACAGGUAUUAGAGACCAUAGCUGAAGAAGAUUUGGCCAAGGGCAUUAAAGAUCUUGAUCUCGCACAUGAGAGUCUUCCCACUGAGAGGGCACCCAUUCGUCCCAUUCGUUCUGCCAGCGAAGAUCCUUCUCCAGAGUUUGUGCCACAAAAAUCUAGCAUGGGAUCAAGAAAUUGA